AUGGCUGCCUCUGCAGGUCCCGAGUCAUUGGGAAUCAACAUAAUUUUGACGGGGCCGCACGUGACCACUGCAGCCAUCAUUGGCCGCAAUAGUGACCUGCGGCAUGUUAUGGUGAUUAGCUGCAGCGGUUACGUGACCUCGGUCGACAGGAUGUUGAUCCCUAGAGAUCCAGAAGCUGCGGAGGACGGCCGUGGUGUGAUGAAGCUGGAACCCAGCAGCCGGGACCAUGUCAUGAACAUUUCCAAACCUAGAGACACUUUGAAGCAGAAACUAUGUCGAGUUUUAACACAAAAUGCAGAGAUACAGUUUGCGUCAUGUCUGCAACAAAAUAGCUUCAUCUGCCAGACAGAAGAGUCAAGCUGCAACAUGGAGACACAUCAAGAGUUCACGUGGUCUACAGUAGAAAGCCAUAGUCAGAUCUUUGCCAGAAGGAGAAAACGAUCAGUGGAGUCUAGUGAGGAUGUCCCUGAUCUUCUGGACAUGGCGCUACAACUUUCUAAUACCAAGACUACUGCAGGAAACAACAUAACCGUAGAGACACUUUCACUGCUGAAACAGCUAAGUGACUCGAUGCAGUCUCAAGAUAUAGCUUCCUCGACUUUACUUUCAAAUCUCAACAACAUUGUGAACUAUGGCAUCAACAGUGUCUUACAGUCUUUACUGUCAUCCUGUUCUGAAAUCUCCUGGAGUGUAUCAGAGAGACAGUCCAUGAUAAACUUUUCUCUUGGAGUUUUGGAUGAUCAACUGGCUAUGUCGUCGAAUCUAAGUCGGGAGCUGUCAUUGCAGACACCAAUGUUCUCAGUACAUCUGAAGAGUGUGAAUACAUCAGAGAUCAAUAAAUAUGCCCUGUCCUGUACUAAUCCAGUGACAAAAGUAGUAUUCCCAUCUCAAGCUGCAUUGGGUUCGGUGCUUCAGUCUCUCCAAUCUGUUAAGGUUCAGUUGAUGAGUUUCUCUCAGAACCCAUUUAUUAAGGACUCCUCAUUCAAGAUCAGUGGCACUGUGGCCAGCCUGAGUGUCCUGAGUAAAAAACAAGAGCUUUCCUUGCAGAACUUGUCAGACACUUUUCAGAUAUUUCUCCCACGUACUGCAAGCUCGGGAAGUCAACCAAAUGUGAUCCAGACUUCUGCAGAUAAAGCUUUACAACUAUCUUUAAAGGUUACCCCCUCAGAAAGCACCUUGGUUAUUAUCGCCUCGGUUAAUCAUGGCGUGCAUCUGGACUUGUACCAUGGAUUAAAAUUAAUGUUAACAGCACAAACAGUAACACAAGGCAAUCUAGAUUCCUACACAUGGAUUUUGACACCGGAUAUGAUCUCGGACCCAACAGCUCUUCAGGUAUUUUUGGUGUCCCCAUCAAAUACCUCUAGCCUACCGACUCUGCAACUCCAAGCCUCUGCGUUCGCAAUACAAUGUGCAUACUGGAAUCCAAAUCUUCAGAAGUGGAGCCCUGAUGGCUGCAAGGUUGGACCUCAGUCUACCUUAACGAAUGUGCAGUGCCUGUGUAAUCACUUGUCGGUCUUCGGUUCAUCAUUCCUGGUUUUACCAGUGCAGAUCGAUGUCACUCGUACGGCAGAGUAUUUCUCUAAGAUCUCGGAGAAUCCAGUCAUUGUUGUCUUAGUGGCAUGCUUUUACUUCUGCUACAUCCUCACUGUUUUGUGGGCAAGACGCAUGGAUCUAAGAGACCAGAUGCAGAAUCGAGUGAUUGUUCCUCGGGAUAGUGAUCCUUGUGGAUUAUACCGUUAUCUUGUUACUGUAUGCACAGGCCACAGGACGGGGGCAGGGACCAGCGCCAAGGUGUGGCUGUCACUUUGUGGUACAGAAAGUGAGUUUGGCCCCAUCCUGCUCUCAGGCACCAGACGUCAGGUGUUCAGAAGCGGUAAUGCUGAUGCCUUUAUCCUUUCUGUGCCAUUUCCUUUGGGUGAAUUGAAAAGCAUCACGCUCCGUCAUGAUGGCACAGGCUGUCAGAAAAGUUGGUACGUUGCUCAGGUUACUGUUCAGGAUGUCCAGCUCAAAAUGUCCUGGCAUUUUCUGUGUAACACUUGGCUCUCCCAGCCACCCAAAGGAGACUCUCUGAGCAAGACCUUCAAAGUUGCCAAUGACCAAGAGUUACGGAGUUUUAGGUAA